CUUUUUUCUCCACCAUUUCAACUUCGUGGGGUACAUGCUGGGCAUGCAGCUGAGGAUCAGCACCACCACCAUCCUUUACGACAAGAUUCUACGACUUCGCCUCAGCUUGCUGGGACAGAUUUCCACCGGACACCUGGUGAACCUGACGACGACCGACGUAGAGGCGUUUCAGAAGGGUGGCACGUUCGUCAACUACCUCUGGGGGGCUCCCAUUCAGAGCUUGGUCAUCUUGUACUUCGGAUUGGACCAAGUCGGGGUGUCGUUUCUGGCGGGAUUUGCCGCCCUCGCGCUCAUAGUCCCCAUGCAGGUGCGGCAGCGCGUGACAGUGCUGACGGACGAAAGGGUGAACCUGACCAAUCAGGCCGUCGCGGAGGAGAUCCGUGUGUUGCUCAAGGCCACCCUGCUUCGCGCGAUCAACGAGGCCAUGUUCUUCGUACAGCCCGCCGUCAUAUCGUGCCUGGUGUUUGCCACGUAUCACUUGCUCGGAAACGUGCUCGCGCCACGGCAGGUAUUCACCACGCUGGCGCUCCUCAACAUAACCCAGUUCACGUUGGGCAAGUUCCUCUACCUGGCCGUUCAGACCUCCAUCGAGAGCUGGGUGUCCAUCAAGCGCAUAGAGACCAUCCUGCUUAUGGAGGAGAAUGAGGAUCUGACUGCCCCACUGCGAGAGUUCGACCUAGCCAUCAAGCCGGAUAAGGGCGCGCCACCCAAAAGCCCUGCUGCGGCCGCCGCCGCCGCCUCUUCGACACCACCACAGUCAGGGUCUUCCCCUUCCCCCCUACCCUUGAUGGCCUCCAGCGGCGGGGCCCCUACCGUCGUCGAGGCAAAGACGGCCGAGGCGGGAGCAGCCUGUGCACCAUCAGCGGCGGCAGCAGUCGUUGUCGCAGGGGAGGCAAGGGAGGGACCGUCGAUGGCAGGGUUCGUUCGAGGUGCUCGUGAACAAGUGGGAGGUGGGGUUGGCGAUGGAGGGAAUGGUACUGACGAGUGGCCGGGACUAGUUUCGUUGAACGAGGCGAGCUUCCGAUGGACCAGCGGGAGGGAAGAGGACCAGCACGCCAAGGUUUUUCGCGGAUUGAUAGAGAUAAAGAAGAAGCGAAAGGACAAAGGGACCAGCAGCGGCGCUGACUCUGCGACUGUAGAGAACAACGAAGCUGAAACCAAAGCUGAAGGACUGACCCUUGACGCCAUCGACCUGCGGAUCGAGCCGGGGCAGCUCGUGGGAGUGAUCGGGCCAGUCGGCUCCUCCAAGAGCUCGUUGCUCAUGGCCAUACUCAGGGAGAUCACGCCGGAGAGGACGUCUGGCGGGGCAGGGACGGCGGCAAUCGAUGGUGGUGCCGGCCACGGCCACGGCGAGGAACCUUGGAUUCAGUCGAGCACUAUUCGGGAGAACAUCUUGUUCGGGAGCGCCAUGAAUCGAAAAAGGUACGACGCGGUGAUACGGGACUGUGCCUUGGAAAGGGACCUCUCCUUCCUACCAUCGGGCGACCAGACCGGUAUCGGAGACAAGGGCGUCAACCUGUCCGGGGGUCAGAAGGCGAGAGUGGGGCUGGCCCGCAUGGCCUACGCGCAUGCGGACACUUACCUCAUGGACGACCCGCUGUCGGCGGUGGACCCGGCCGUCGGGCGGAAGCUCUUCUCCCAGGUCGUGUCCGGCAGACUCAAGGGGAGCACGAGGGUCCUCGUGACGCAUCAGGUGCACUACUUGAGGGACCCCGAGGUGGACCAGAUCAUCGUCAUGCACGACGGCAAGAUCGUCGGAAAAGGGAGCUACGAAGAGCUCGAAGCCAGCGAGAGCUUCGCCGCACUCGAGCGUUCCGCCUCCCCAACGAAAGCCACCUUGGGCGAGGCCAAUGUCGACCACGGUAGUAGUGCCGUGAACCACUCCUCCGCAGGAGGAGUUUCCCGGUCCACCCGCGCCCGAAGCAUUAGCAGCACCGGCAGCGCCUACCGCAAGACGCCGCCACAGGCGACGGUGGCGGCGCAAUCUUCCUCCACCUCGUCGCGCUCUGUCUCCAGCGCUGCUCCUGACGGCAGGGGCGGCGCACCAUGUGAGGGGGGCGCCGCGGCGCCUGACGGACCUUCAAAAUCUUUUGAAACAGACGCUAGGAAAGUCGCUGGCGGCGAUAACGCCUCGGUAGAGCUCCGAAAUCAUCAGCAGCAAGAGAAGGACGGUCGGGGUGUCGGAAACAACCGCGAAGAUAACUUUCGGGGCGAUGCGAACGAGGACAGUAACGAGAGGGGGCUGGUGGCGGAGGGUGAUAAGGGUGCACCGCCGGAGCUCGUGGUCUCAGAAGACCAAGAGUCUGGGAGGCUGAAGCGCAGCACCUACUGGGAGUACAUUAGGGAGGCUGCCGGCAUCUGGCAGGUCGUGCUGAUCUUCUUGUCCAUGGCGGGAGGACAGGUGCUGGUGAUGGGGGUGACGGUGUCGCUGGCCAGGUGGUCGCGCCAGAGCGAGAAGGAGCAGGACCGGAGCCGGAACGUCAUCGUUCUCGCGCUGCUUUCCGCGGCAGCCGUCGUGGUCGCCCUAUCAAGGGCCGUCCUCGCCUUCUUCAGCCUUGUCAAGGCUUCGCACCGACUGCACAAUAGAAUGCUCGAGCGGGUCGUCCGCGCGCCGGUCCUGUUCUUCGACUCCAACCCCGUCGGCAGGAUCCUGAAUCGCUUCACGAAGGACAUGCACUUCAUGGACGAUCUCCUCCCGAUGACCCUGUACGACUGCGUCACGUGCAGCUUCAUGGUGACGGGCAACACUCUCAUCAUCCUCUUCGUCAACCCCUGGGUAGUUCUCAGCUUGCUCCCAGCCCUGUGGUUCUUCAUAUAUCUUAUGGGUUUCUACUUGAAGACGAGCAGGGAAGCCAAGCGGUUGGAGGCGGUAACCCGCAGCCCGGUGUAUUCUCAGCUGUCCGAGACGCUCGACGGCCUUGUCACCAUUCGAGCCUUCGGAAAGCAGCACCUGUUCCUGAGCCAGUUCACGGAACGGGUCAACUUGAACACGAGGGCCUACUUCGCGUGGGUGUACACCGCACGGUGGCUGGGGUUUCGGAUGGACAUGGUGGUGAUCAUCGUUCUCGCUGCUAGCUGCUUCUUCUCCGUCGCAGUGAACGAGUACAGCAAUUCCAUCGAUGCGGGGCUGCUGGGAGCAGCGUUGGUGUACGUUCUUCAACUGGGCGGGCUGUUUCAGUGGGCUGUCAGGCAAGCAGCGGAGGUGGAGAAUCAAAUGGUGUCGGCAGAGCGCGUGCUGAGCUACUGCAGAGUGCCGCAAGAGGCAAGUUUGGAGUCCGAUCCGGGAUACAAACCGGCGGAUGGAUGGCCGUCUAAGGGCAACAUCGAGGUUCGUGACAUGUCUAUGCGAUAUCGCGAGGAUCUUCCCCCGGUGCUGAAGGGUCUAACCUUGUCCAUCAAGGGAGGGUCGAGGGUAGGAGUUGUCGGCAGGACGGGUGCGGGAAAAUCUAGCCUCAUCGCUGCGCUGUUCCGGCUCGUGGAGUUCGACAGGGACAGGGGAGGAAUUGAAAUCGAUGGUGUGGAUAUCUCUAGGGUGGGCUUGCACGACCUGAGGCCCAAGAUGUCCGUUGUCCCUCAGACGCCGUUUCUUUUUUCCGGCUCAAUGCGGCUAAACCUCGACCCCUUCGCAAAGCAGUCAGACGCACACAUGUGGGCCUCGCUGGAAGCAGUGCAGAUGAAGACCUACGUGCAAUCGCUGCCGGGCGGGCUAGAUGCUCCCGUUGCGGAGGGCGGCGGCAAUCUGUCCGUAGGGCAGCGGCAACUUCUCUGCCUCGCCAGGGCGGUACUCCAGAGGACUCAAAUUCUUGUGAUGGAUGAGGCCACCGCUAACAUCGACCAACACACUGACUCCCUCAUCCAAGACGUCGUGCGGACGUCGUUCAAGGGCAAGACGGUCAUUAUGGUGGCUCACCGCCUCAACACCAUCAUAGAUUGCGAUCAGGUGAACUAUCUACAGUACCUUUAUGACGAAGGCUUCGACCAACGUAGUGAUGCCUGGGCUGCUGCCGAUGCAACGCUGUCUUCGAUGGUUGACGAGACUGGCAUUUCCAGUGCCAAGCAUCUGCGGCGCUUGGCGCAGGAAGCGUGGAACGCUUCGAAAUGGAAAGGGGGGCGGGGUGUAGCCGUUCUUUGAGAGAUGAUGGUGACGUCACUUUGAGGAGUACUGGCUGUAACGGAACGGAACAUGUAACCGUUAGCGCUACCAACGCCAUGUGGGGGACAUGGCGCACGCAUGCGUUGGAUUCUUGCAACUAUGCUGAAUCUUCAAAGAGACCGACACGCAACCGCCCGGCGAUGUCCACCGUGCCUUUGGGGUGCUUGCGUGCGCCAGUGGGUGCUCGUAUUUGGAAGUCUUGUCAGUGUUGAAGUGGGGACAUAACUAUGGCGGAGGCAGCAAUCGUUGUGGAUGACAUGGUACUGAUAUGAUCCGCUCUUCUUUCACUACAAGAUGCCCAUGACAAACCUCAAACCAAAGCCCGCGAGCCUAGGCUAUAUGCUGGCUUGCUCUUAGACCCCCACGUCGGAUUUUGCCGAUAGGUGGAGAUUGUCUGCCAACGUUAAUGAGUCUGCCGCAUGGUGUGCAACGACGAUGGUGAGAACCCAGUAGAAAUUUUCAUGUGAAAGUUGGGGGCCGAGGAGGGCUUUCAGUACAAUGGACUAGUACACGUAUCUGGAAGUAAAGAACGAGAUGCAGUUGGUAGACAUACGACAACGCAUCUGGAUCGUGUUCAGUUCGUCAAGCUGAGAACGAUGGUUCAAGAACAUGGAGGAUCUCCGAAUUUUGUUGUAGGAGAUAUAAUGAGGAGGAACUAUUGAGUGAUAUGGCGGUUGUUUCGGAUGUACGCCGACAACAUCAGAGAGGGUCGGUGGCACGGUGACUCGAGACAUCAGUGAUAAAGACAACCAAGAACGACAACAACGACCAAGACAGCCAACGCUG